GACACUAAGGACACGAAGCCAGCCGCCGCCAGCGCCCGAAUACCGGAAGUAAACAUCUCAACUUCCGGUUUGACGAACGGAGCAGCGGCUACAGUGCGGCUAAGAGGAGGAGAUCGUGAGUUACAGCACUUGAACGCUGUCAGAGAUCCCAAAAGCCUCCAGCCGCAUUUGCACAGCAAAAUAGGGUGUCAUUCCACGAUGGAGAAGCAAGUUACAUGUCCUUUAAAGUAACAACUAGGUUAUAAUCUCAUUGGUGCACAAAUCUCUCCUCUUCAUCUUGCAAUGGGAAGUGCUGAAGUUUGUUCCAUUAAGGGAAGGAGUCAAACACACACUGACUGGAAGACCAUGUGGUAGCUCGGCAUCCCGGGCGGAGGAAUCUCACACCGAUCCCGAAUAUACAAUAUUCUUUCUUGUACACUGCUGUAACAAAGAAAAGUCAUUGUUUAGAGAAAGACCUAUAACUGAGUUGUCCAGACAUUUGCUAAUUCUCCAUGGCAGCUGCACAAACGUUCAGCCUGUCCUGUGAUAGUGGGAACCAACUUCUCCAAUCUUUCACCUCAGACGUCUCAUCCGCUUGCAAUAUGGGCAGUGUGAGCAGUCUGAUAGAGAAACAUGACUUUUCACCAGAUGAUUUCAAGCUUGAUUUUAAGCCACUUCCAGAAUCACACAGCCCAGGAAAUAUCUUGAAGAGGGGUCUGAAUCAGCGAGAACUGCUUAGCUAUCUGAGUAUCUCAAAGAAAGAUGGUAAAAGUGCCAAGAAGUUGUCUUCUGGGCUGGCAUUCCGAAGAGAACACAGUGUGGAUGGAGGAGAGAAUGACUACCCUGGCUUAUACCACAAAGAACGCAGGGGGACAGACUUCAGCAAGACUUCACUUCCAGAAAGAGGACGUUUUGAAAAGUCUCGCUUUGGGCAAUCUGCUUUGAAGCCAUCAAAUGCAAAGAACUUCAUGUCAAUGCAGAGCUUAUGUUCCUCAGGUGGCCAUAAAUUAUCCAAAAGCAAUGGCAGUCUGAACACACUAGGCAGCCUGAACAUUGCUUCUCGUUGUGGGCACCUGAAGUCAAACAAGCUCCAUCACAUCAAUCAGCAUGAAAGCGAAAAUGAUGAAAAUGAUAGCUUAUCUGAUUCCAGGCAAAACUCCAUAAAUAGCUUUACUUCUUAUAGCCCUGGGUUUGGCGUAGCUCGUGCACAGAUAAGUGCUUCCACUGGACAUAUUAACCAUAUUGGGGGAUCUUUAGACAGAGCUUCCCGCGGGGCUCGAGACAAUGUCUCUGGUGAGAAGACAUCACUGUCCUGCAAGAGCAUGGCAACUUUGAGUCGCCUACAGUGUUCAGGAGAACCUCCUCCUCCAUAUGAGUACUCUCAGUCUGUGGAAGAUGUAGCGCGACAACUGGAAGAAAAGCUGCAUGAAAAGGGGAUGGAACUGAGACCUCUAAGAAGGAAUCCAAGUGAUAAGGAUGAUCCCUUUACUCAAGUGUUUGAAGACAAACGUCGGCUCUGGAUGGAGGAAUUAGAUGAAUUAAAACAGAUGUACAUGUCAAAGCUGCAACAGAUCUCUCAGCAGGCGUUGCGCAGCCAACGAGCCUUACAGUUGCAGCUGUACAAAGUUCAGCAGGAGAAAAAGCGUCUUCAGGAGGAACUUGGCUCAGUGAGGGCUGAGUGUGAGCAGCUUAGACAAAAACAGCCUGAAAAUCUUAGCCCUAAACUGGAAGAAUCCAAAUGGGAGAUUUCUCAGAAAGCUGGUGAGAUCUCUCUCCUGAAACAGCAGCUUAGAGACUCGCAGGCUGAGGUUACACAAAAGAUGGGGGAGGUAUUUCUGAUGAAGACACAAUUUCGGGAGGCAAAAGCUAGAGCAAGAGAAAAGGAGAAGGAGGCAGCAGACCUAAGAGCUCGACUGCAGGCUUUAGAGGAUACCAAAGGGAAAACUUCACCGAUCGGAACAAAUAAUAAUGUGUGCUCUGAAGUGGAUAACUCAAAAUGCUGGGGACUGAGAGAAGGUUCAGAGGCUUUGGUGGAUCUAGAGAGGCUAAGGGCUGAAUUGAUACUGGAAAGACGUCAGAAUGAGGCCCAGAUUUCGAAUUUUGAGAAUGAAAGGAAAACUUGGAAAGAAGAAAAGGAUAAAGUUCUAAGGUACCAGAAGGAGAUCCAAGCCAGCUAUCUAGAAAUGUACCAUCGCAAUCAGGAUCUUGAAAAACAGAUUCAAGAGCUGAAGCAGAUUCCAGUACAGUUUCCGAGCACUCCCUCACUUUGGAUGGAUGCUGUGGAAUCCUGUGAGACAACAUGAAGCAUUGAAGAUGCUACAUUUUAUUACGGAGAUGACCUCUAUACACGGUGACAGAAGUUCUGUUUAUUUAUGUGCUGUGACAAUGUGAGAUUCCUCCAUUAUCCUCACUACUAUAAAAUGACUGACUGAAAUGAUCACUUGGGGCGUAGUGAGGGUGGAUUAUCCACUAUAGGUCAAUACCAUUUGAUCAUUGUAACUGUUGUGCUUUUAUGAAGUGAGGAUGGUCCACAACGAAUGAAACCAGAGUGACCACUGGGACCUAAAGCUUAUGAGUGACUUUUUCUGUAUUACAUGCAAGAAGUCCUCUAUUUACUGAGUCUAGGAAAAUGGUCAUUCUAUUUUUGUGAUUAAAAUGACAAAUAUCAAGGGAAGGGAUGUAUAGUGUACUGCUAUUGAAGGACAGCACUGAAAAAUGUAACCACAUUACUGAUUACAUUGUUGUACUUUCGGUAGAGAAGAUAAUAUGAUGUUAGAGAACAGAUGUGUUCCUGAGACUCUGCCUGUGUGUAGAGGUCUUGUAGCACUUUAUCUAGUCUCUGGCCACUUGUUAUUUAUGGCACUGUGGACAAUUUUUGUUUUAUAAACUGUGAAGACAAACCUAUAUUUUUUAGGAGCAUUUUGACAUGUAACCGUUCUAAUUUAAUGAAUGACUUAAUUUUGUAAUUAGGUUAGUAGAGUAUCUUAAAACAUAGUUGCACAGAGAUUCCAGUAAUUCACUGUAACUGCAGUUAGGAGUAAAGAAAUAGGAUGUUACAAGCUCACUGGCAGGUCUGUAUUAUAUCAGCUGGGCCCCUCGCACAGCAAAGCUGUCCCCUUGUUUUUUCUUGCAGUAUUUCUUGGAUUUCAAAACUGGUUAUACAGGAAUACUGGCAUUACAAAAUGUGAACCAUACCCAAAUAUAAUAUAAACAUGUGUCGCAAGGUACUAGAAUACAUAUAUAUACAUAUAUAUAUAUAUAAUUUCAAAAGUGUGGCACUCAUGCUCAUCUCAUAAAGAAACGGACAUCCGUCCCAUUUACUUCUUCAAGUGCCGGACCGCAGCAUCUCUCUACAUACACACACACACACCAUUCUUGCAGAUAAGCAGAAAGUUUUAUUCAAGCAUGAAAAUGUUCCCAGAAUAUCAACGUUUCGAUCCCCACACAGUCAUUUGUCCCCGUGUGGGGACCGGAACGUUGAUAUCCUGCGGACAUUUUCAUGUUUGAAUAAAACUUUCUGCUUAUCUGCAAGUCUGGUUUUUGUGUUUAUGGAUCUCACUAUGAGCUUCUAACAUGGGUAGCUACCCCUACAAUUUAAUAUAUAUGGUGUGUCGACCAUCUGGAAUUUUAUUUAUAUAUAUAUAUAUAUUUACAACUCCAGGAAUUCUCCAUAUGGACCCAGCAUCCAAAGUAUAAUAUUCUGGCCAACCAGCCACAAGUGUAAUCUCUGAACAGUAUAGCACGCUCUGCAUGUACAUGUCAUAGUGAAUCUUGAACGAACAACCUCUAGUAAAUUUAGUGACGAUGAGAAUUACGUGUUUUGGCUAUGCUGAUUAAAAUGUCAAUAGUUUGUGAUAGUUUUUUUUAGCUUUAUGUGCUGCUUGUUGGUCCCCCCCACCUCCCACGUUUUCAAAGUGAACCUAAUCUUUUGAGAUCAAUUGCAAAUAAAUUGGAUCUAUUUUUAUUUGUAAA